AUUGCAUCCUCUCUCUCAGUCAUUCUUUGCAAGCCCUGAAUAUUGCUGCACAUAGGAGUUGCCAAAUCACAGUCAGAAAGGCAAAGCAGAAUGCACGCAGUUGGGAGCUAUGGAAUUUUUUAAAAAGGCUUUCUAAGCCCCUCCAAUAUUGCACAUUUCUGGAGUCACCACGACGGGCUGCCUGUCUGCAGGGAAGAUAUAAACAUCGUGGGCACUUUAGUGCUACUUCAGGCUAAGCCUUGUUUGAAAUGCCGCGCGUGUGGCAGCUACUCAAUGAUGUGCUCGCUGCACCGAGCUCAGUCUGGGCUCUCAGGAGGAACCGCAGCACCUUCCUUUAAUGAAGUUAUAACCCUCACUAGCUACAGUCACUACACAUAACGCGGGGCCCUUUGCAACCCGUAAACCCGCAGAGACAGUUCCCCGUUCCAGUCCCCAUUCCAGGAGGCCAGCCGGGGUAGGUGGCAUUAACUCCCACCGGUUAUUUUGGAAGUCCCCCCAGCCCCUCGCCCGCCGCCAGGCUCGGCCGCUGCCGCUAUCGUCCCGCCAACCGGGCGGCGGGGCCCGGGCCCGGCCUCCUGCCGCCGUCCGGAAGUGCGGGCCAGGCGGGGCGGCCGAAGGGAGGAGGCUUCCCCUCAGGCGGACGCCGCCGCCGCCCGACAUGCUGUUCCGUUUCGGCGUGGUGCUGCCGGCCCGGAUGACGGAGGGCGGCGGGGCGCUCCUGCUGGCCGGCUCCCGGCCGGAGCUGGGCCAGUGGGACCCGCAGCGCGCCGUGCCCAUGAAGCCGGCGCGGCCGACCGCCCCGCUGCCGGCCCAGGAGCCGGCGCUGUGGCUGGCGGAGGUGGUGCUGCCGGACGAGGAGGCCUCCAGCCCCUUCUGGUACAAGUUCCUCCGGCGGCGGGGCGGCGAUUUCCUCUGGGAAGGUAAUGGGCCCCAUCAUGAUCGAAGUUGUGUUUACAACGAGAGCAACAUAGUAGAUGGAGUUUACUGCCUCCCAAUAGCACACUGGAUUGAAGUCUCUGGACAUACUGAUGAGAUGAAACAUACAACUGACUUCUAUUUUAAUAUUGCAGGACAUCAAGCUAUCCAUUACUCCAGAAUUCUGCCAAACAUCUGGCUGGGAAGUUGUCCUCGGCAGCUGGAGCAUGUGACUGUCAAGCUGAAGCACGAGCUGGGUGUUACGGCUGUGAUGAACUUCCAGACCGAGUGGGACAUUGUUCAGAAUUCCUGGGGCUGCAACCGCUACCCUGAACCCAUGAGCCCCGAAACCCUCAUGAGACUGUACAAAGAGGAAGGUCUUGCUUAUGUCUGGAUGCCAACCCCAGACAUGAGCACGGAAGGAAGAAUACAGAUGUUGCCACAAGCUGUCUGCCUCUUGCACGGGCUACUGGAGAAUGGACACACUGUCUACGUUCAUUGCAACGCUGGCGUUGGCAGGUCUACAGCUGCUGUCAGUGGCUGGCUGAAGUACGUGAUGGGAUGGAGCCUGCGGAAAGUGCAGUACUUUUUGGCUUCCCGGAGACCAGCUGUCUACAUCGACGAGGAAGCUCUGAAUCGUGCUGAAGAUGAUUUCUACCAGAAAUUUGGGCAUCUUCGUUCCUCAUGCAAAGUGCAAGAGUAGAAAAGCAGUAGAGGAAAAGGAAGGUGAAGAGGAACCCUUACAUUCGAACCCCAAGGACUUAGAAAUCAUGAGUCAGAUGCUUGCCUCUCCUCUUCAGAUUAUAAGCUUGUCAUAAAAGUUGUGACAAUUUUGUUAAAAAAGUGCCUUUGAGGGUUUUUUAUUUGCUUUCUUUAAGCUGAUAUGAUUUGUGUUUUCAAGCCUUUUGCUGCAAGUAUGAGACCUAGAAACUCUGCGAAGGGAAACUAAGAUUUUCUUUUAACUACUAAGGUUUUAGGGUAGACACUAAAUAAGAUGUGAGGUGAAAUAGUUAGAGUUGGCAACGCUUCAGUGACAAGAAAGAGAAGGCAUUCUCAGAAAAACAGGUACAAAUGUUGACCGGAUUAAGGUUCAGGUUAGCAUGGAGCUGAUCAUCAUCAAAGCUGCUCAGUUAUUUUAGGCGAAGUGCACAUUAUUGAAGUGUUUUCUGUUAAUUUUGUAGACAAGCAGUAUUAAUGAGAAAGACCAUAAGGAAACGGAUUUUUCAGCUCAGUUUCUUAAAAAGCUAAUGUCUAAUGCAGUGAACUAGAAUUUCCUCUCUUGGCCUGUCUAAUUACUGUAAAAUAUUAUGAGUUACAGCUCUAUUCUUUUGUGACAUUGGGGUUAUGCUGGGACGUGGCCUGAAGAGAGGAAACAACUCCACUUACUGCAGUCUUACUCUGUUGUGGGGAGGGGCUGCUAUUUAUUAGACUAUCCUAGGCUGUGAGAUCUCUAAGUCAAAGAUACGUUUUGCUCUUCUGGUCUAUGACGGUGGGCUCCCUAAGUGCCAAGUCAAUCUAAGCAGGAACCACUGGGCUAAAACACGACCUAUAGGAACUGUGUGAUAAGCCUCUGCACGUGAUUGACACCGCAGCCUCUGUGUUGUUGACCUAGAUUAAUUUCUUCACCAUAGCAAAGUCUCUCCUUGUGCAAGCAGCGUGUGGAUGUUCACUGAUGCUAGAUUUAGCUGAUUGAAGCUUAUGCUGCGCUAUCUCUGAGGUGAAUGCAGUGAAUACAUUCCUCUAUAGGAGCAAAGAGCAACUCUGAGGAGGAUUUCUCAGGAGCUUAGCCUCAGCAGGCUAAUGUUGGCUUGGUGGAUGAUCCUUGUUGUUUUCCGAUGCUGCUCAGUCCCUUACCUAAGCUCAGCAGUGGCACCAACAUCUUCCAGCCCUGCUGAGGUAAAACCAAUUUGUUGUAGGCUAAGUCCAAGAGAGGAGGGAGAGAAAGCAUUUCCUAAGGGACAGAGAAUUAAGGAUGCCUAAACAUUAAGAAACCUAAUUUUUAUAGGUUUGUCCUUUAGUGAAAUCUCAUUUUUUCCAGCCAGCUUGUUCCUUUAAAGACCCAGUCAGUGCCAGAGUAGUUUAGCUGAUAUAUAUCGAUUAUCUGAAUACUUAAUGGAGAAACUAUUAGAUAUGAACUGUUUUGAUGGAGAAUGUCCAGAAUAAUAAUGUGUUUUAUUUAUCCUACACUUCAAUCAUCUUCAAAAGGAAAAAUGUUUAUUUAAGUUAUUCUGUAUGUGUGGUUUUGAUCAUGGCUUUGUUUCUGUUUUUUUUUUUUUUCUUUGAAAUAACACUGCUUGUUUAGAAAACAGAUGAGAAAUAAAAUUUCUCAUCUACCUACUAAAUAAAAAAAAACAGCGACAAUUCCAGCA